AUGGUCAGUGUUGUGAGAAAUGUGAACAUUGAAUUCAUCCCUGGCGAGGUUGAGAUGGUCGUUUUUGGCAAAGGAUAUAAAAUCAAAGAUUAUUUGCCAUUAACUGAAAAUUUAAUUAUGAAAGUUCUGCCUAAAGAGCUCAUUCUGAGAAUUUUUUCAUACCUGGAUCUGUUGAGUUUGUGCAGAUGUGCCUGCGUAUCCAGGAUAUGGAAUGCCCUUGCUACUGACGGAAGUGUUUGGCAGGCCAUUGACCUUUGUAAAUUUCAAACUGACAUUGAUGGUAACAUGUUGGAGGCCCUGGCUUUCAAAUCAGGAAAUUUUCUGAGGAAGUUGAGUUUAAAAGGAUGUAAAUCAAUCACAGAUAGUUCAUUCAAUGCCUGUCAGAACAUAGGGCUUUACUGCUCCAGUAUACAACAUUUAGAUUUGGAGUGCUGUUCCAACUUAACUGACCUAUCCCUCAUUUCAUUGAGUCUUGGAUGUGAGGAUUUGAAGUGUUUAAACAUAUCCUGGUGCCUUCGUAUCACUGACAACGGUCUACAACAUUUGCUCAAAAAGUUAUCCAACCUUGAAGUUUUCAAUGCCAAGGGGUGCAGUCAGAGAACGACAGAUUCAGCAGUGAUGAAGAUAACUGAAGGAUGUCUUCAUCUGAAAUUGUUGUGCCUAUCAAAAUGUCCUAGACUCACUGAUGUUUCACUCAUUGCCAUUGCUAAGAACUGUCCGGAUGUUGAAACACUAGAUCUCUCUGGUUGCUCCCGACUUACUGAUGUUGGCUUUGCUGCCUUGACCAAGAGUUGUCACAUGUUGAGAAGAUUGGAUUUGGAAGAAUGCCUCUUGGUUGGUUUUUCAUCCCGUUUCAAAAAUGUUCAUGCGUUAUGGACGUCUAUUGUUUGUUUGAAAUAA